AUGGGACUUUUUGUAAUUUCUUGCUUUCAAUUCCUGUUCUGUCUCCAGUCUGCGCGAAUGAUGGUACACACAGUAGCAACAUUCAACUCCAUCAAGGAGCUGAACGAGCGCUGGCGAGCUCUACAGCAGCUGGCCGAAGAGAGGAGCCAGCUGUUGGGAAGCGCCCAUGAGGUCCAGCGGUUCCACAGAGAUGCUGACGAGACCAAGGAAUGGAUCGAAGAGAAGAAUCAGGCCCUGAACACCGACAAUUACGGGCACGAUCUGGCGAGCGUGCAGGCCCUUCAACGCAAGCAUGAGGGCUUUGAGAGAGACCUGGCAGCCCUUGGGGACAAGGUCAACUCUCUGGGAGAAACAGCAGAGCGGCUGAUCCAGUCCCACCCCGAAUCAUCGGAAGAUCUCCAGGAAAAAUGCACAGAACUGAACCAGGCUUGGAACAGCCUUGGGAAACGGGCCAACCAGCGCAAAGAGAAGCUGGGCGAGUCCCACGACCUGCAGCGCUUCCUCAGCGACUUCAGGGACCUCAUGUCUUGGAUCAACGGGAUCCGAGGCCUCGUGUCCUCCGAUGAGCUGGCCAAGGACGUGACCGGAGCAGAAGCCUUAUUGGAGAGACACCAAGAACACCGCACCGAAAUCGACGCCAGAGCAGGCACCUUCCAGGCCUUUGAGCAGUUUGGGCAGCAGCUCCUGGCCCGUGGCCACUACGCCAGCCCUGAAAUCAAGGAGAAGCUGGACAUCCUUGACCAGGAACGAGCCGACUUGGAAAAGGCCUGGGCCCAACGUCGAAUGAUGUUGGACCAGUGCCUGGAAUUGCAGCUCUUCCACAGGGACUGUGAGCAGGCGGAGAACUGGAUGGCCGCACGGGAGGCCUUUUUGAAUACCGAAGAUAAGGGGGACUCUCUGGACAGCGUGGAAGCCCUGAUCAAGAAGCACGAAGACUUCGACAAGGCCAUCAAUGUCCAGGAGGAAAAGAUCGCCGCCCUCCAGUCCUUUGCCGACCAGCUGAUUUCCACUGACCAUUACGCGAAAGGGGUCAUUGCCACCAGGCGCCACGAGGUGCUGGACAGGUGGCGCCGGCUGAAAGCUCAGAUGAUCGAAAAGAGGUCUAAGCUCGGGGAAUCCCAAACGCUGCAGCAGUUCAGCCGAGACGUGGACGAAAUCGAGGCCUGGAUCAGUGAGAAGCUUCAGACAGCAAGUGACGAAUCCUACAAAGAUCCCACCAAUAUUCAGCUUUCCAAACUCCUGAGUAAGCAUCAGAAGCACCAAGCCUUCGAAGCGGAGCUGCACGCCAACGCCGACCGAAUCCGCGGCGUCAUCGAUGUGGGAAACUCCCUCAUUGACCGGGGUGCCUGUGCCGGCAGCGAAGAAGCCGUGAAGGCUCGUUUGGCUGCCUUGGCUGACCAGUGGGAGUUCCUGGUGCAGAAAUCGGCCGAGAAGAGCCAGAAGCUGAAGGAAGCCAACAGGCAGCAGAAUUUCAACACUGGAAUCAAGGAUUUCGAUUUCUGGCUUUCUGAGGUCGAAGCUCUCCUGGCGUCUGAAGAUUACGGGAAAGACCUGGCGUCCGUGAACAACCUCCUGAAGAAGCACCAGUUGCUGGAAGCGGACAUCUCUGCCCAUGAGGAUCGCUUGAAGGACCUCAACGGCCAAGCUGAUAGCCUGAUGACCAGCAGCGCUUUCGACACCUCCCAAGUCAAGGACAAGCGCGACACCAUCAACGGGCGUUUCCAGCGGAUCAAGAACAUGGCGGCCGGCCGGCGGGCGAAACUGAACGAAUCUCAUCGGUUGCAUCAGUUCUUCCGAGAUAUGGAUGACGAGGAAUCCUGGAUUAAGGAGAAGAAGCUGCUGGUGAGCUCGGAAGACUACGGGAGGGACCUCACUGGGGUGCAGAACCUGAGGAAGAAACACAAGCGCCUGGAAGCGGAGCUAGCGGCACAUGAACCUGCCAUCCAGGGCGUGCUGGACACAGGCAAGAAAUUGUCCGAUGACAACACAAUCGGAAAAGAGGAAAUCCAGCAGCGAUUGGCUCAGUUUGUGGAACACUGGCAAGAGCUGAAGCGGCUGGCAGCUGCACGCGGUCAGCGUCUCGAGGAGUCUCUCGAAUAUCAGCAGUUUGUGGCCAACGUGGAAGAAGAGGAGGCCUGGAUUAAUGAGAAGAUGACUCUGGUGGCCAGUGAGGACUAUGGAGACACCCUUGCAGCGAUACAGGGCCUGCUGAAGAAACACGAAGCCUUUGAGUCCGAUUUCACCGUGCACAAGGACCGAGUGAAUGACGUCUGUGCAAACGGCGAGGACCUGAUCAAGAAGAACAACCACCACGAGGAGAACAUCACCGCCAAGAUGAAGAGCCUGAAAGGCAAAGUGUCCGAUCUGGAGAGGGCGGCCUCUCAGAGGAAGGCCAAAUUGGAUGAGAACUCCGCCUUCCUCCAGUUCAACUGGAAAGCAGACGUGGUCGAGUCCUGGAUAGGUAAGCACAGGAGGGAGGGAGGUUGCCAAGUUUGGGGACAACCCCUGCCUUUAACCUCCCAACUCCCGUUGCAGGAAACCUUUGAUGCCGGUCUCCACGCCUUCGCCCAAGAAGGCAUCGCCAACAUCACCACCCUGAAAGAUCAGCUGCUGGCCGCCAAGCACGUCCAGUCGAAAGCCAUCGAGGCUCGCCACGCCUCGCUCAUGAAGCGCUGGAACCAGCUGCUGGCCAACUCGGCUGCCCGGAAGAAAAAGCUCUUGGAGGCCCAAGAACACUUCAGAAAGGUGGAGGACCUCUUCCUGACCUUCGCCAAGAAAGCCUCAGCUUUCAACAGCUGGUUUGAGAACGCGGAAGAGGACCUGACCGACCCCGUGCGCUGCAACUCGCUGGAAGAGAUCAAGGCGCUGCGAGAAGCUCACGACGCCUUCCGGUCCUCGCUCAGCUCCGCCCAGGCCGACUUCAACCAGCUGGCCGAGCUGGACCGCCAGAUCAAGAGCUUCCGCGUGGCCUCCAACCCUUACACCUGGUUCACGAUGGAAGCUCUGGAGGAGACCUGGAGGAACCUGCAGAAAAUCAUCAAGGAACGCGAACUGGAACUUCAGAAGGAGCAGCGCAGGCAGGAGGAGAACGAUAAGCUGCGCCAGGAGUUUGCCCAGCAUGCCAACACUUUCCACCAGUGGAUUCAGGAGACCAGAACCUACUUGCUCGAUGGGUCUUGCAUGGUGGAAGAAUCUGGCACCCUGGAGUCGCAGCUGGAAGCAACCAAGCGCAAGCACCAGGAGAUCCGAGCCAUGAGGAGCCAGCUGAAGAAAAUCGAAGACCUCGGAGCAGCUAUGGAAGAGGCCCUGAUCCUGGAUAACAAGUACACCGAGCACAGCACGGUGGGGCUGGCCCAGCAGUGGGACCAGCUGGAUCAGCUGGGCAUGAGAAUGCAGCACAACCUGGAGCAGCAGAUCCAGGCCAGGAACACCACAGGUGUCACCGAAGAAGCUCUGAAGGAAUUCAGCAUGAUGUUCAAGCACUUCGACAAGGAUAAAUCUGGCCGUCUGAACCACCAGGAAUUUAAAUCCUGCCUGCGCUCCCUGGGUUAUGAUCUGCCCAUGGUGGAGGAAGGAGAACCGGAUCCGGAAUUUGAGGCUAUUCUUGACACGGUUGAUCCCAACCGGGAUGGCCAUGUCUCUCUCCAAGAGUACAUGGCUUUCAUGAUCAGCAGGGAGACGGAGAACGUGAAGUCCAGCGAGGAGAUAGAGAGCGCUUUCCGCGCCCUCAGCUCGGAGGGCAAGCCCUACGUGACCAAGGAGGAACUUUACCAAAACUUGUCCCGGGAACAGGCGGACUACUGCAUCUCGCACAUGAAGCCCUACAUGGACAGCAAAGGCCGGGAACUUCCCUCCGCCUACGACUACGUCGAAUUCACACGCUCCCUCUUUGUGAAUUGAUCGCCAGCGCUCACCCCGCCCUGAACCCUCACACCCCCCCCACACACACACCCAGCGAUCCCAAGAAUGCACUCUGUGUGUUUAGCUUCUUCGCUCUCUGCAUGUCUCCCCCUCUCGUGCUCGAAAAAAACCAAUCCCUGUGUAACCUUAAAAAUGCUUCGCUUAAACGCCUCCAUCCUUAGGUCGAAGGAAGCAAAUCAACAACAAUAAAAAAAAAUGUCAGUGUGUGUUUGUGCUUCAAUAAAAGUUGCUAGUCCAAA